UUAUGAACAAUCCAUCACUUGUGGUGCUCAGAUGUCUUCAUCUAGAAUGCAGUGUGAUCAAUCAUGGGACAUAAAGAGAUCUUCAUAAGUGGUCUCGGGGCAAAUUACAAUACAGAGGACUACAACACUUCCGUAUCGUAAAACUCUUUAUCAACUGUUCUUUUCCCCCCUUUUUAUAGGCUUAUGUGUUAACAGCUCAGUUGUUCAGCGUCCUAGAGUUCAUGUGUCACAGCAGUUGUCGGUGAUUUCAAUUGCUCAGUUUAUUUGGGGAAGAAAGGUCUUCAUUUGUGUCUUUUGCUCCGCUUGUUACAGAGUGCAAUAAAAGCGUGCACGCACUGUAAACGCCUCACAGACGAAUCAGAGGAGCCAUCUGCAAACGCUUCGAACUCCACAGCGACAGACGGCCACCAAGUGACAGAAUGGGACCAGUACGAGGACAGUGGUGGUUCAAAAAGGGCAGAGCAGAGAAGAGAUGAGCAGGAAAAGAAGUCCCUUAAUGCCCAGAUCAGGGAGCUGGAAAAGGAGUUAGCCCAGACCAAACUCCAGAUGGUGGAGGCCAAGUGCAAGAUUCAGGACCUGGAGCACCAGAGAGGAAUCCUUUCCAACGACCUCCAGGAAGCGAAGAACAACUGGAUCAGCAAGGCCUUCACCUCCCUGCGGACGUCAAGUGGAGGAGGACUUUCCACUAUGAGCAUACAACAACAACAACAACAACAACAACAACAACAACAACAAAGAGAUGGAUCCACCACGGCAGGCUGGAACCUCAACAGUAGCUCCCUCUCUGGAUGGAGCGCCAAGAAGCUGUCGUGGCCUCACAGAGACACUCAAGAGAAGGUCUGAUGGGUCCGACUGAGACAGUGCAGAUCCCAUGUAACUGGACACAAUAGACGGUUAUGGAUUGUGAAUGUAAUAUAUUGCAGCUGCUAUUUUUUAGUUGUUUUUUUUGCACACUAGAGGGCAAUCUAGAGCAUUCAAAAGAGGAGAGGAGAGGAGAGUACCUGAGAGCACAGACAGGUGCAGGCAGACAUGUCCUCUCAUGUCCGCUCACCACUUUGCAGCUGGUUAAGUUUUUUAAUGCUUGUAACCGACUGUAUGUGCCAUGAAGGUUAUUUGUACAUGAAAAUGUAUUAAAGAAACUAUUACAUCA